AUGUGGGGGGUUGUGUGUUUGUUGGAUCCUUCCAGGGGUCCCGCGAGGAUGGCUGCCUACUUUUGGUAUGCCAACACCUUCAUCUUGCACAUCAUCGGGGGCCUCUUCACAAGCAAGGUGCUUGUCACGAUUUGGGGGCAAGAGACGCCUACUUGGUUCUGCCCUGCCAGCUUUGGCCUGCUCUUCGUCAUUUACGUGAUCGGCUUGCCAACGCUCGCCUACAUGUUUGGCGUCUGUACGAUGAAUCCAGACAUCCGCUUCCCAGGCAGAGAUCAGGUGGGGCUGGGUCUAUAUGUGGGAGGAUCCUUGUAUUCCCUGGCCUAUGAAGUGGGCCGUUUCCGCUGGAAGGCCCGGCCAGAACACAAAGGGAAGCUUCACAAAGAGGGCCUGGCUGCUUGGAGCAUUCAUCCCAACUACUUCGGGGACCUCUUUGCCUACACCGGCUGGGGGCUGGCCUCUGGCACCACCUGCGCGGUGAGCAUCCCCAUCUUCAUGAUCUUCACCUUUGUCUUCGUGAUUAUGCCCAACUCCGACAGCUACCUGGCGCAGCGCUAUCCCGAGGAGUUUCCAGCCUACGCGGCGCAGACCGCCACGCUCAUACCUGGCCUGCACUCCAAAGCGCUGAGUAAGUUUCUGGCCUGGGUGGCCUGCUUCAUUUCCAUCUAUUAUUGGUGCUACACUUGUCCUGUAGCUUGUGGCUACUAG